UAUUGAAAAACAACGUUUAAAAAUAAUUUAACAAAAGAAUUAAUUGAAAUGAAAAAGAAGAGAAGGAAUAUAAAUGUGUCGCUCUUAAUCUUUUCUUGUGAAGAAGCAAAAAAAAUCGUCUCCAUCAAAAAGAGUAUUUCAGAAGUAAGUGAAGAUAACGAAAAUGAACGUCACCUUUGUCAGUCCUUUGGAUACAAUUCAAAUAAUCUCCAUAUUCAGUUACGUGAAUUCUCUAAGUGAUUUUCUAUUCAUUGAAAAAUAUCUCGACAAAGAAGAUCAGUAUAAACAUAUUCCAAUUGUCAACGCUCUCUAUAAUUAUCUAGACGACACUAACGAUAUAAAUUUACAUCAUCGGCUUGAUUACAAAAAUCGAAAAGUCCAUCUAGCAAAGAGUCUGAUAAACAACACCGAUUUUUACGGAGCAAAAGAUGGUGAAAUUCCAGAUUCGCAUUUUGUUGACAAAUUAAUAGAGUACAUUGUCAGUUCACUUGUAUUUGAAAAGUUCACCGGUGUCUAUGGAUUUAUCGGCGACAUUUUGUCAUCGGUUGAUAACGAUUCUUAUCAAUAUUUAAUGCAACGAUUUAAACGUUCGCUUUUUGGUUUAAAAUUCGACAACGAAGAUGGCAAACAAUCGGUUUUGGAAUCCAGAGCAGUUUAUUCUACUUUUAGUGAUAUUAUCGAACCGUUGUUUCCAAAACCGAAAAAUGUUACGAUUAGGGUCACGUCUGUGGAUUAUAUUUACGCUCAAGCGGGGAAAAUGUUUCUGAAUUCCGGUGAUGGGGCAAAUUUUGAGGAAAAGGGUUUGGAGAAUUUGGAGAAAGAUGGCAGAAAGGUUGGUGGUCUUCCAUCUACUACGAAUGGUCCAUCUAAUCAGAAUGUUGACGAAAAUUAUUUCAAUGAUGAUGAUGGUUACUAUCAAGAUGAUAAUGAUUACUAUCAAGAUGAUGAUGAUGAUGAUAAUAGUAAUUAUCAAGAUGAUGAUGGUAACUAUCAAGAUGAUGAUGGUAACUAUCAAGAUGAUGAUGGUAACUAUCAAGAUGAUGAUGGUAAUGCUAAAGAUAAUGAUGAUGAUAAUCAUAAAGAUAACGAUAUUGACAUUAAUUAUCAUGACCAUAGUGAUGGUCAUCAUCAUCAUCAUCAUCAUAACGACGAUGACGAAAACAAAUUUCAAGAAUACAUCGAAACUGCCCACACCAUCGAACAACUAGUCCUAGCAAAAAAAAUCAACGAAACAGUUCUGAAAAUCUUCGCCCUACCUGCAUUCAUAAAUUACGUUUACAAUCAAAGGCAAAGUUUACAAUCCUCAAAAAAUGUCGCCAAACUCUUCGAAAGUCAGGAACUUUGGACCAAAGCUUUUCAAAAUUUGUUCACCCGUCUAAAUGAGGCAUUUUUGGAAAUAGAAAAAGUGCAGAACGAAGACCAUCGCUAUCAAUUUUACCUCGCACUUGCCAGCAUCAAGAAUCGAACAACACUCGCCAGGGAGACAAUCGAAAUCAAUUGCCCAUCCCAAACGAAAAUUGAUGAAGAAGUCACCAAUUACAAAAAUAAUCCGGAAAGCUAUCACUGUAAAAAUGGCAAGGUCCUGGGAAAUCUAAACCUUAAUUUCCAACACCUAAUAGCUAACGUAACGGAAAAGUACGAAAAAUACGAGAAGGAAUCAUGUCGAGAGGCUUUUGGGAAAAGUUUCAUAGAGACGAUGAAUCGACAAAAGGUCAUCAUUAGCAAAGGUUUGAUUCACUAUCCCCUUGGUUUCGAUUUCUCUGCCCAUCAACUAAUCAGACCUUCGGACGAUUUAUUCGAAUUCUACCUACCGGAGAACGAGACUUUUUUGUACUUUGCCCUAAUUCGGAACAACUAUAACGUGACGCUAAUUGAAGAACGUACUAAUCCGAUACUAUUUCGGCAAAAAUUAGGCCUUGACGAUGACGAAACCCUGAAGGAUAAAUACUUUCCCGAAACGAUGAAAACCAGCGAUGAAGACUUCGAUAAAUUUCUCUCCCGAAUAGCUGGGGAAAGAUCCAAAAAAUUCGGGGAUAACCUAAAGAAGGUCGAGUACGACGAAACGAAGACGGAAUGGUGGAAGCACUUCGGUCUCUCCUUGAUACCGUUCUACUCCUGCGUUCAGGAUAUCAAGGAGAAGAAAAUCCUCGAAGCUAGUAUCUUCUGUCCACUGGACGUCCUGUUCUUCAUCCCCCUGGUUGGGGAAAUCGGUUCCCUGGCCGGUAAGAUGUCUACAACCGCUUUGAAGACAGUGGUGAGUCUAACCGAGACCACCAUGAGGACCAUCACACUGAGAACCUCCCUGAAAACCGCCCUACGCAUCACUGGUAAACUUCUCAUCCUGGAGGUGAAGGAAUUUUCCAAAAUCUUCACCAGGGAGGCUUUUCAAAAAAUCGGCAAGACUGCCCUUAGGUUCAUCGAUCCUGGCUUUGAAUUACUCUUCCGUUUGGGGAAGGGAAGUAUCAGCUUGAUUAGAAAAACCCUCCUGAAGUUGGAGACGAUUCACUUGGCCUCGUUCCGUACUAUCCGGAAUAUGCUCGACAGAACCCUUGAAGCACUCCGUAAUUUUCCGAAAAGAAUCGGAACCGUUUUCAAAAAGCCAAUGUACAUCAACUCCUUAGGCGGAAAUUCGGGUUAUGGUUACAAGUACAUUCCCCUAUCGAAUGGCGAAUUGGCCGAGGUACGAACGGUCUACCCCAGCCGGAAGGAAGUUGUCCUCCUGCCCCAAAAAUCUUGUGAUCUUAAGCAGACUUACCGAAAAGUGGAUUUUGGAAAAAACGAUCUAAUGGGAGAAGUAAUCGGAGAGGAGUAUUUUGUGGACAAGGAGGGUUUCGUCGUCUCCGAGGAGAAAAGUUACGAACUGCCGAAAAUUAGCCAGAGUAGUGAAGCACUAUUAGAAGGUGGUAAUAUUCUAGCGAUGGCAGUGAAGAAUCUAAGACCGAAAAAGCAGUUCCUGGCGGAGGCUAUCAACUACGGGGUGAAACAAGGAAGACUCAACGAAAAGCAAAUUGGAUACGAACUGAAAAAAUACACUUUCUCCCGAAACGAGAAAACGGAGUUGAACUUCGUUAGGGAAUGGUCCAAGGAUUUGGACCUAAAAAUCCCGAAAUGGGCCCAACCACUAAAAAUCGAGGAAUCGGAGCUCUUCUACACAUUGACGACUAAACAGUUCAUGGACUUUCCAAAACUGAGCUUCAAGGAAGCGUCGUACAGAAUAGAGAAACUGUACCCUCGCAGCAAUUAUCAGGAACUCCACCAGGAACUGUCGAUAGACAAGGUUUUUGACGACUUCAUAAAGAAGAAAGUCUACAUACAUGCUACUUUCGAAGAUUACUACGCAUUGCGCAACUACGGUUUUAAUGGCUACAGAAAAAUGGCGGAGAAUUCCCACGAGGCGAGAAGAAUGAAAAAUGCCAUCUAUAGAUUAGCUGUUCGUCAAUCGGAAGAUCCGGGCGAGAAAUGUGUGGGGACAUUAUUUCGAGGCGAGAGGAGAAGAACGGAAAUACUCGAGGGUGAUUUUCGACCGGACAGGGAGAGUAUUUCGAUAAAUAGAUUCACUUCAACGACGACUGAUCUACAGACAGCGAAUAUUUAUUCGGAAACGGUUAGUCCUUUAGAAACAAAGGCGAUUUAUACGAUUAGGAUGAAGGAACCGUACUUGAGGGCUAGGGUGGAGCAUUUGUUUGUGCUGAACGAGAAGGAGACGAUUUUGCUACCGGGGAUGGAGUUCGGGAUUGAUAAAGUGACGAGAGGUGUGCGGGAGAUGCAAUUCGGAACGCAGAAUUAUAUGAAUAUUGAAUUGAGUCUGGCAAAGAACUCGCUAGUUAGGAGUCAGCAGAGUGCGAUGAGGGAGAUUAAAAAAUUAAUGGAGACGGAUACGGUGUUUUAUGCUAAAGACUCGCCUAAAUAGGAUCUUUUUAGAUCUAAUGCUGCAGCAAGUUGUGCUCUUACAACUCCUAAAGAUGCUGCAUCAAAUGGUGCUCUAACAUCUCCUAACAAUGCUACAGUAAGUUGUGCUACAUCUUCUGAAAAUUCUGCAUCAAAUAGUGCUC